UCCACCUCUGGAGUCCAGAAGGACCAUUCUCCUUUUUGUGGCCAGGCCACUUGGCACAUUUUAGUUUCCUUUUGAUUUGAAUAAAACAAAAAUGAGUGCUGAGUCACUUGGCAUUGUGAACCAUAUUCCAUUCUGCCUCACUUUUUUCUAUUCCCUCCAAUUUUCACUUUCAUGUCAUCCUUUGGAAUUUCCUGUCGUCAUCUUGGAAUUUCCAUUUCGGCUUCUCCCAGCUGCCUCCAGGUCUCCCUUUUAAAAGAGGGCUGAAUCCAACUGCUGCACACUGAGCUACAUCUUCCAGAGCUUCUGCUCCUGCUCUGACAACCCUCACCCGGUGGAAAGAUGAAGGUCUCUGCAGCCGGACUGGCUCUUCUCCUCAUUUCAGCCUCCUUCUCCCAAACAUUCUCUGGUCCAGCUGGACUCAACAUCCCAAUAUGCUGUUUCACAUACACGCAGCACAAAAUCCCACGGAAGCUCAUCCAGCGUCAUUACACCACCAGCAGCAGCUGUCCCCAGUCAGCCAUUGUGUUUGUCACAAAGGAAGGCCGCCAGAUCUGUGCCAAUCCCAAACACACCUGGGUCCAAAGCUACCUGAAAAUCUUGAAGCAGAACUGAGCCAAGCAGUGUGGCAAGAGUAGCUGCUGUCAUAGACAAUUCACAUUAUCCUGAGCUCCAGCUGUGGAGCAGGACUCUGGGAUAACAGGAGCCACAGGAGCAUCUGCAGCUAUCCCAAGGGACUGCUGGAAGGGCACCUUGUGUUUGGGGCUGCUGCUCAUCUUUGGCUUGCAUGGGCCAGGCUUCAGCCUCAUCCCUCUGCCCCAACCCCAGGCCCAUGGGACCAUACCUUGGAUGUUGUACUGUUUGAAGUUAUUUAAGAAAUCAUCAUAUGGAGUAGUCAGUCCUUUUUUUUUCUGUGGAUAAUGAUGUUAUUUAUAGGGGGGUGACAAGGGAGGAUAUUUCUAGGAGCGUGAUCCAAUGUUGGA